AUGUUUGACGACGAUACUACUGAUCAGCUCUACGAUGUCUUUAGUGGAAAUGCACCAGUCGAGAAUUUCGACGAUUCCGCUGAUGACAUUGAAUUCGACAUCAAAAACGAACAAACCUCAAAAAAUAAACGUCCAUUAGACAACGAUUCGUCCGACGAGGAUGAUUCCUUUAGAAAACGCCCUACUACGAACGCUCAAGAUGAAGACGACGAAAUCCGGCGUUUCAGAGCGGAGGAAGCCAACCAACCUCAACCGAUUGUAGCAGAUACUUUUGAACAGGAAACGUCAAGAGAAGUUGCAAAUAUUCCUGGUCUUCAGGCUGCUCCUUCUAUUGAUGGCGAACAACUCGUAUUGAGUCAUCAAGUUAGACAUCAAGUUGCAGUACCACCGAAAUACGACUAUGUACCAAUCUCAAAGCAUGUCCCCCCAGAGAAUCCUGCACGUACAUAUCCUUUCACUCUUGAUCCUUUCCAGCGUGUUGCAGUAUCUUCAAUUGAACGUAAUGAGUCUGUUCUUGUUUCUGCGCAUACAUCUGCUGGUAAGACUGUGGUCGCCGAAUAUGCCAUUGCUCAAUGCUUGAAAAAUAAACAGCGUGUCAUUUAUACAUCUCCUAUCAAGGCUUUGUCUAACCAGAAAUUCAGAGAAUUUACGGAAGAGUUUGGUGAUGUAGGAUUGUUGACUGGUGAUGUGACAAUCAAUCCUCAGGCAUCAUGCUUGGUAAUGACAACCGAGAUUUUAAGAUCUAUGUUAUACCGAGGAUCAGAAAUUAUCAGAGAAGUUGCCUGGGUUGUUUAUGAUGAGAUUCAUUACAUGAGAGAUUCAGCAAGAGGUGUCGUUUGGGAAGAAUCUAUUAUUCUACUCCCCCACGCUGUUCGCUAUGUGUUCUUGUCCGCUACCAUUCCCAAUGCAAUGGAGUUUGCAGAGUGGAUUUGUAAAAUCCAUGAGCAACCCUGUCACAUUGUAUACACAGAUUUCCGCCCUACACCUCUUCAGCAUUAUCUCUUCCCUGCUGGUGGUGAUGGUAUCCACUUGGUUGUGGACGAAAAAAGUAGUUUCAGAGAAGACAACUUCCAGAGAGCAAUUGCUGCACUUUCAGAAUCUCAGGGAGAUGAUCCAAGUGGUGCCAAGGCACGCGGUGGAAAGGGUAAAAAGGGCCCAAAGACUGCAAAGGGCGGAGCGAACGAUGGACCAUCCGACAUUUACAGAAUUAUUAAGAUGGUGAUGAUGAAGAAUUACCACCCUGUUAUUGUAUUCAGUUUCUCCAAGAAAGAGUGUGAGGCAAACGCACUUCAAUUGUCAAAAUUAGAUUUUAAUGAUGAAAGUGAACGCGACAUGGUCACCAAAGUUUUCAACAAUGCAAUCUCCUCUUUGGGUGAAGAUGAUCGUCAGCUGCCUCAAAUCCAGCAACUACUCCCUCUCUUGCGCCGUGGUAUUGGAGUCCAUCAUGGUGGUCUUUUGCCUAUCAUGAAAGAAACAAUUGAGGUUCUAUUCCAAGAAGGUCUUUUGAAGGUCUUGUUCGCUACCGAGACUUUCUCUAUUGGUUUGAACAUGCCUGCUAAAACUGUUGUCUUCACAAGUGUUCGCAAAUAUGACGGAAAACAAAUGCGUUGGGUUACUUCGGGUGAAUAUAUUCAGAUGUCGGGUCGUGCAGGAAGAAGAGGUCUUGAUGAGCGUGGUGUAGUCAUUAUGAUGAUUGACGAAAAGAUGGAACCAGAUGUGGCAAAGAAUAUGGUCAAGGGUGAAUCUGAUCGUAUGGACUCUGCUUUUCACCUUAGCUACAACAUGGUCUUGAACUUGUUGCGCGUAGAAGAAAUUAGCCCAGAGUUCAUGCUGGAGCGUUGCUUCCAUACUUUCCAAAACGAUGCACACAUUCCUCAGUAUGAAGAAGAACUCAAAAAAUUGGAAAUUGAGAAGAAUAGUAUGGUGCUUGAAAGACAGGAGGAGGUUGAAGACUACUAUAACCUUAGAUCGCAGAUUGAGACCUAUUCGCGUGAUGUUCGUGAUGUGAUCAACCACCCUACAUACUGCCUUCCAUUUAUGCAACCAGGACGUCUCAUCAAGGUCAAGCGGGAUGAUACAGAUUUUGGAUGGGGUGCUGUUGUAAACUAUAGCAAAGUUGUCCAGAAAGGAAAGCAAGAGUCUGAUCCCGAGAAUCCUAACUACUUGGUCGAUGUUGUCCUCUAUUGCAGUAAGGAUAGCUCUCCUUCAAAGGACUCCAUGGGUCAGACUGUAGGUGUGCAACCAGCACCUGAAGGGGAAGGCAUACCAAUUGUGGUUCCUGUAGCAUUGUCCGCAAUUGAGGGCAUCAGUCAUAUUCGUCUCAAUCUUCCCAAAGAACUCCGAUCAUUAGAUGCUCGGAAUAAUGUCCAUAGAUCAAUCCGUGAAGUGCAAAGACGAUUCCCUGGAAAGAUCCCAUUGCUGGACCCAAUUCAAAACAUGAAUAUCAAGGAUCCUGCUUUUAAGAAAUUAGUAGAGAAAAUUGUUUUGUUAGAAGAAACUCUUCUUGAGCAUCCCCUACACAAUUCACCAGAAUUACCGGCUCUGUAUGAUACUUAUUCCAAACGUGUCGAGAUUACCAAGAGAAUCAAGGAUAUCAAGAGAAAGAUUAGCGAUGCACAGUCUAUUAUACAACUGGAUGAAUUGAGAAACAGAAAGAGAGUGAUGCGAAGGCUUGGCUUCACAACAUCCUCAGAUGUCGUCGAAAUGAAGGGUCGUGUUGCUUGUGAAAUCAGUACUGGAGACGAACUUCUUUUGACCGAGAUGAUCUUCCAGGGUGUCUUUAACGAUCUUACAGUUGAUCAAUCUGUUGCGCUUUUGAGUUGUUUCGUAUUUGAUGAAAAGGUUGAGCAACAAGCACGUCUUCAGGAAGAACUCGCAGGUCCUCUUAGAUUAAUGCAAGAAACUGCAAGAAGAAUCGCAAAGGUUUCAAAAGAAUGCAAGAUGGCUGUUGAUGAGGAUGAAUAUGUCGCAAAGUUUAAGCCUCAGCUUAUGGAUGUUGUAUUUGCAUGGUGUCAAGGCGCCAAGUUCUUCCAGAUUUGUAAGAUGACUGAGGUUUAUGAGGGAUCUUUGAUUCGUAUCUUUAGACGCUUGGAGGAGCUGCUACGACAGAUGUAUGCCGCUGCGAAAAGUAUCGGAAAUACCGAACUAGAGAACAAGUUCUCUGAAGGUAUUAGCAGAAUUCACAGAGACAUCAUUUUCGCUGCAUCACUUUAUCUGUAA